AUGGGCACUAAUGAUUGUUACAAGUGUGUUCAGAACUUUAGGGUACAGAGUUUUGAGACUCAAGGAAGUGUGGUCGAUGGUCCUUGGCAAAUAUCGCCUUAUGAUAAGUGUGGUAAGCUCAACUUGGGAGAGUGUCAUAUGGGCACUGAUGAUUGUUACAAGUGUGGUCAGACGGGGGUUCACUUUCUUAGAGAAUGCUCAAUGGGGAGACAGAGUGAUGGGGGCAAAAGAGCCCAAUCUUCUUCGAUAGCACUGCCAAACAGAAGUAAUCAGAUGGGUGCUACUUCAGGAAUAGGCCAAGGUCCAAACUGUUUGUAUGUUAUUUCUAACUGCCGUGAUCAGGAGAACUCCCCAGAUGUUGUCAUUGAUCCAGGUGUUACCUUGUCUUUUGUGACUCUUUAUGUUGCUGUUAAGUUCGGAAUUCUUCCCAUGUGA